AUGUACAGAGAUUCUGGUAUGUGUGUUCAUCUCUCUGAGGAAACUGAAGUCGGUCUAAAAUAUGAGGAGCACGACGGCUUUGGCCAGGGGUUUGCAGGUCUUGACCAGGUUGUUCCUCAAGGGGAUCAAGGCGGCCAUAUGUAUGUGCCAGGUGUCACGAAGAUGCAAGGACGUGUGAAAUCCGUUCGGUUAAAUGCUCCAGAACGCCAUUUAGAACCCUGGACCAACCGAGAUGGGCAAAAGGAAAUCUAUGUAGAAUGA